AUGAAUCGAUUUCUUAUUUAUUUAAUAAUAAUAAUAAUUUAUUGUGUACAAGCGAUAAAAGCUAAAGGGAUAAUAAAACGUGCUACAAAACAUGUAGAAAUUGUUGAAAAUGCAUAUUUAUUAAAAUUUUCAUUACCUCCAUCGUAUAAAGAUGAUAAUAAAAAACUCAAUGUUAUUAAACAACAUGAAUACUUUUAUGAUGAGAUAAAGAAAAAAGGAUUAAAUAUUACUAUUAGAUAUGAAUUUCAUGAAUUAAUUAAUGCGAUAACUUUUGAAGCUAAAGAUGAUGAUUUAAAAAGUAUUGUAGAAAUAAAUGGAGUACAAAGCGUUGAACCUGUUCAAAAACAUCGAAUACCACCAAUUUCUUUCAAUAUGAUUAAAUCAAAAUACACACAAAUGUUUUUCGAUAAACGAGAUUGGACAACGAAUACACCAUUAAAUCUUACUAAAGAAGCGAAUUUGAAUACUAUACAUAAAAUGAUUGGUGUAGAUUUAGUUCAUAAACAAUUUGGAUAUUAUGGUAAAGGAAUUAAAGUUGGAGUUAUAGAUACUGGAAUUGAUUAUUUACAUCCAGCGUUAGGAGGGUGUUUUGGACCUGGAUGUAAAGUUGAAUAUGGUUAUAAUUAUUUAGAAAACACCUGGAAUCCACGUGAUAUAUGUUCUGGACAUGGAACUCACAUUGCAGGAAUAAUAGGAGCUAAUGAUUCGAUGCAUAGUGGAUUUAUCGGAAUAGCACCUCAAAUUACAUUUGGAGCUUAUCGUGUCAUGAAUUGUAAUGGGCAAGGUGAAGGAGAUGUUAUUAUGACAGCUUUGCAAAGAGCUAAAGAUGAUGGAAUGAAUAUAAUUAAUUUAUCAUUGGGAGGAAAUGGAUGGGCUGUGAAUCCACUUUCAGAGAUGGCAGAUGCAUUAACGAAAUACGGAAUCAUUGUAGUUACGGCUAAUGGUAAUUACGGAACUGAAGGAAUCUUUGAAUCUGGAGGAACUUUACUUGGAAGAGAAACCAUAGCAGUUGCAUCAAUUGAAAAUACUCAUUAUUUAAGUUUUAAAGCUUAUGACGUCUCGGAUAAGAAUUUUAGUAUCGAUUAUGUUACUGUUUCUGCGAGAGCAUUUACUUUUCCUUCAGCUAAAAUAGAAAUUUUUCCAGAUCAUAUAUGUCCAGAAAAUUUCAUGAUAUACGAAAAUAAAGUUGUCAUGGUUAACUUAGAAACAUCGCCUCUUAGUUGUCCAUGGUUGGGAAUUUUACAAAUAAUUAAUGCGCGAGCAAUAUUAAUAAUAAUAAGAAAUGAAACACUUGGUCCAACUACAGCGAAUUUUAAUAAUGAACAAAUAAAAAUACCAACAGCUACAAUAAACCUUAUUACUGCUCAAUUAAUUAAAGAAAGAAAAAAGAAAAAUAAUGAUUUAGAAAUGGAUUUUUCAGAAAAAAUAGGACAUGUAUUACCUAAUCCUUUAGGUUAUUCAAUGUCUUAUUAUUCUUCUUGGGGUUUAUCUAAUUUAUUAGACAUUAAGGAAAUUGUAACACCAGGUGGGAUGAUAUUUUCAACAUAUCCUGUACCCCUUGGAAGUUAUGCGCAACUUUCAGGCUCCAGCAUGUCAACGGCUUGUGUAGCAGGUGCGUUAGCUCUUUAUAUGGAAGCGAAUCCAUCUAAAAAUUCACGACAUGCACGCAACAUGUUAACUAUAUACGCAAAUCCAAUAUAUGAUAUGAAAAAUAAAGAAAAAGCGUCAGUUCUUCAACAAGGAACAGGAUUAAUUAAUGUAUAUAAUUCCAUAAUAAGUUCAACUUUAAUCACUCCCACUAGAAUAUUAUUAUAUGAUAAAUCGUUUAGUUAUAAAUAUUUAGAUAUCCAUAAUAAUGGAAAAAGAGUAAUCACUUAUAAUCUUAAACAUUGUCCUGCAAUUUCUAUUAAUGGGUAUAAUGGAACUAGAAGUAUAAGAACUAAUUAUAUGAAAUUCAAUCAUUCUGCUGCGAUUGUAAAAUUUGUUAAAGAUAAAGUUACCGUGCAACCUGGCAGUAGUGUUAGAACUUAUUUUACUAUUUCAUCACCAAAGGAUUUAAUUGAACAUGGAUGGUUUUAUAGUGGAUUCAUUCAAGUGAAACCAAUAAAACAAUCCGCGAUAGCUGUUACAAUUCCGUACGCUGGUUUCGCUGGUGAUAUCAAGUCACUUCCAAUAUUAGGACAACCAGAAUUUCCACAAUUAAGAAAAUCAAACAAGAUAAUAUCAUCGAAUACAACAACACCUACAAUAUUCACGAUGGAAAACUCGAAAAAUAGACCAAUAAUAACCAUGGUAAUUUCAACACCAACAAAACUUUUAUUAAUUUAUGCAUUAAAUUUCGAUAAAAAAAUCAUUGGAAGAAUACCAAGAGUAAAUUUACAUUUAGUUGGUAUCACUAGAUAUCUUACUAAAACUAGAUUUAAUCAAAUAUUAUAUUAUGAAUGGAAUGGUAAUAUUGUUGAUUUAGAAAAUAAGAAAAAUGGAUUUAAGAGUUAUUUUGAUGUUGGAAUUUAUUAUUUAAAAAUUAGUGCUUUAAAAAUGUUUGGAAAUAUUUUAAAUGAAUCAGAUUGGGAAUCUUGGAUUUCUCCACCAAUAAAAAUUCAAAGGAAAAAAUAA